GUCGACGUCGAGGGUUGUCGUCGAGAGGGCUCUCCGCGAAUGGCGGAGCUCCUCCCUCUCCGCCUCUAUCCUCUCACCCCCAACCCUAACCCUAACCCUAACCCUAAUGCUCCUCUUCCACCAUGGCCACCACCACCCUCUUCUCCUCCCCCUCCCUCCACCUCCCCGCCGACGUCUUCCUCACUUCCGAUGGCCCACGAUGAGCAUCAUCAGACCCACCUCCCUUCUCCCCUUCCGGCGCCACCUCUCCGUGGCUCUGGACCGUGGCGCCAUCCCCUGGCACGACCGCAUCCUCGAUCCAGGCAGCAGCGUCGUCAUCCGCUGGAACCAGGUCUUUCUUCUCCUCUCCACGCUCUCCCUUUUCGUCGAUCCCUUCUAUUUCUUCGUCCUCUUCGUCGGUGGCCGAGGCUGCCUCAAGGUCGAUGUUCAUAUCAUGGUCAUUGUCACUGUCCUUCGUACCAUGUUCGAUCUUUGCUAUCUCGCUAAUCUUCUCCUCAAGUUCCGCAUCGCCUUCGUCGCCCCUAGCUCCCGUGUCUUUGGCCGCGGAGAGCUCGUCACUGAUAAGCACCAGAUCACCAUGCGUUACUUGAAAGGGUCCUUCGCCAUUGAUCUCAUCUCCCUCCUUCCAAUCCCCCAGUUGAUAAUCUGGAUUGUCAUUACUGCUGCAAGAAACACCUCGGCCAAGCACACAAUCAAUAUGUUGUCGAUGAUUAUCUUUUUACAGUAUCUUCCUAGAUUAUACCUUCUUUUUCGGUUGAUGUCACGGAUUACCAAGGCUUAUGGUGAUGUCACAAAGACUACUUGGAUAGGUGCUGCGUACCAUUUAAUUCUUUACAUGCUGGCCAGUCAUGGUUUUGGGGCUUUAUGGUAUCUCUUCUCUAUGGUGCAGCAGAAUUCUUGUUGGGCAACUGAGUGUGCAAAAGAGAAUGGAACAAUGCACAUGCCAUUGUGUAAGACUAGUUUUCUGGAUUGUAGUACUUUGGAUGACCCUGAACGUAAAGUCUGGUUGAAGACCACCCAAGUCCUUUCCAACUGUGAUGCAACCAACAGCUCUAACCCAUUCCAGUUUGGCAUGUAUGCUGAUGCUCUUACAGAUGAUGUUGUUGGAGCUACUUUCUGGGGAAAAUAUCUCUAUUGCCUUUGGUGGGGUCUGCGAAAUUUGAGUUCUUAUGGGCAGAACCUGGCAACAAGCACUAAUCCUGGGGAAACGUCAUAUGCCAUUUUUAUAUGUAUUGUAGGACUUGUUCUAUUUUGCCUGCUGAUUGGUAACUUUCAGACAUACUUGCAAUCAAUGAAUGUAAGAAUUGAAGAAUGGAGAGUGAAACGGCGUGAUAUUGAGGAGUGGAUGAAGCAUCGGCAACUACCACAAGAUUUGCAAGACCGGGUUUUGCAGUUCAAUCAGUACAAAUGGCUUGCCACCAGAGGUGUAAAUGAAGAGUUCAUUCUGCAUUCUUUACCUCUAGACCUCCGCCGUGCUAUUCAACGCCAUUUAUGUUUGGGUCUUGUUCGGCGAGUACCUUUCUUCUCUCAAAUGGAUGAUCAACUUCUGGAUGCAAUAUGUGGGUGUCUAGUUUCAUCUUUAAGCACAAAGGACACAUACAUUGUUAGAGAAGGUGACCCUGUAAAUGAAAUGCUCUUCAUAGUCCGAGGUCAGCUUGAAAGCUCAACAACCAAUGGUGGCAGGUCUGGAUUCUUUAACUGCAUUACUCUUGGACCUGGAGAUUUUUGCGGCGAAGAAUUGCUAACAUGGGCUCUGGAGACCAAAAUAAACAUCAACCUUCCAUCCUCUACUCGAACUGUAAGGGCUCUUAGCGAAGUAGAGGGAUUCGUACUCCGGGCAGAAGAACUCAAAUUCGUCGCCAAUCAGUUUAAGCGUCUCCACAGCAAGAAACUUCAGCAUGUCUUCAAGUUCUAUUCUCAUCAAUGGAGGACAUGGGGAGCUUGUUUUAUACAAGCAGCAUGGAGACGGCACAAGAAGAGGAAGCUCGCCAAGGAGCUCGUUGCACAGGAAAACUAUUAUUAUAUGCCAUCUGUGGACGAUGAAAACCAUGAAGUAUAUGAUGAUGUUCCUCUACUCGGCGAGGACUUUGGCGAACAUGGUAAGGAUGGCUCGCCCUCGGGGGCAACAAAUGCGCCUAGUCAGCUCGGUGCCACAAUAUUGGCUUCCAAGUUUGCGAAGAACACAAAGCGGGGAGCUCAACUAAAGAUGGAGAGGCCUGAACCAGCUGCUAUCAGUAUAAAAAUGCCUAAGUUGCUGAAGCCUGAUGAACCUGAUUUCUCCAGUGAACAAUGAUAUUCUGUAUCAGAAGGUUUAUAACUUUUUCCAUAUGAUAUAGAAGAAUGUAGCUAGGAAAACCAUAAAGAAAUGACAUUGUAUAUUGUUAAUUUUUGUAACUGUAGGCAUGUU